UCGCGAGAUUUCUCGCGAAGCCGCGCACAGCCGCAUUUGUGUGGUUGUGCAUGCUAAAAGCCUCUAACUUUGCCAACUUUCAUGUAAAAAUCGUUUCAGUUUCUCACCGUAACGUGAAGUGUACACCAGAGCCGCCGCCACCAUGAGUAUAAUCGCCAAAAUAGCAGAGAUUGAAAAUGAGAUGGCCAGGACACAGAGGAACAAGGCCACAGCUCACCACUUGGGUCUGCUCAAAGCUCGUCUUGCCAAGCUGAGGAGGGAGCUCAUCACACCAAAGGGAGGCAGUGGUGGUGGAACAGGAGAAGGUUUUGAUGUUGCAAAGACCGGUGAUGCUCGUAUCGGCUUCGUCGGUUUUCCUUCAGUAGGAAAGUCCACGCUGCUCAGUAACCUUGCGGGUGUGUAUUCUGAGGUAGCUGCCUACGAAUUCACCACUCUUACAACAGUACCUGGAGUCAUUCGGUAUAAAGGUGCCAAAAUUCAGCUCCUGGAUCUGCCAGGAAUCAUCGAGGGAGCCAAGGAUGGCAAAGGCAGAGGCAGACAGGUCAUCGCAGUGGCUCGAACCUGCAAUCUGAUCCUGAUUGUGCUCGAUGUGUUGAAGCCUCUUGGUCAUAAGAAGCUAAUAGAACACGAGCUGGAGGGCUUUGGCAUCCGACUCAACAAGCAACCACCCAACAUCGGCUUUAAGAAAAAGGACAAAGGAGGCAUCAACUUUACUGCCACGUGUGCACAAAGUGAGCUGGAUGCUGAAACAGUGAAGAGCAUCCUGGCUGAGUACAAGAUCCACAACGCCGACAUCACUCUGCGCAGCGACUCCACAGCUGAUGACCUCAUUGAUGUGGUGGAGGGAAAUCGAGUCUACAUCCCAUGCAUUUAUGUGCUCAACAAAAUUGACCAGAUCUCCAUCGAGGAGCUUGACAUCAUCUACAAGGUUCCUCACUGCGUUCCCAUCUCAGCCCACCACCGCUGGAACUUUGAUGACUUGCUGGAGAGGAUGUGGGACUACCUAAAGCUUGUGCGCAUCUACACCAAACCUAAAGGCCAACUUCCCGAUUACACGUCUCCUGUCGUACUUCCUGACCAGCGGACUUCAGUUGAGGAUUUCUGCUUAAAGAUCCACAAAAACCUCAUCAAAGAAUUCAAGUACGCACUCGUGUGGGGCUCAUCCGUGAAGCACAACCCUCAAAAGGUGGGCAAGGACCAUGUGUUGGAGGAUGAAGAUGUUAUCCAGCUGGUGAAAAAGUAAAGGGUCUUAAUUCACUGCAUGGCCUGUGCAUCACAAAGUGUUCUGUACAGUUGCUCAGUUAUCCACCAAACAUGUCCCCCAGAGCAUCUGUGUCAUGUGAUUCCAAUUUCUUUUUUUUUUCUUUCUUUUUUUGCUUUAAUUUAAAAUCAGCGGCACAAAUACAAGUGUCUGUCUUAAAAGAACCUACAGUACUUAACACCAUGAAUAGUUCAUAUUGAAUAUCGGUUAAGGCUUGCAUUAAAACCUAAAAAACAACUGUACAAUAAAAACAGAAUGGAAUCUCA